UUUGCAACAUCAGAAGGAGCCUUGUGCCUCACAGUCGACAGGGGAUCUCGCCUUACGACUUAGGAAGAAGAAAAAGGACGACGAACAACUCUUUCUCCUACGCCCUCGAUCUAUCGCUAUCGCUGGGGAGUCGUGGAAUCGCGUGGUGGCUGGGACGGACGAACCGGGGGCCAGGUGUCAAGCAGCUGACGUAGCGGUAGGCGGACUGGGACGCCCCUUCUUCGCCGCCGCCGGCGAAAUCGUGUGGGUUUGAGGUCUGAACAGAGCGGAGAGGUAGCUUAGAGGCGCCGGUCCGGAGUAAAUGUACACCCCGCCUCCGCGGGGCACAGAUCUGUCUGCAGCCGACAUGGAGGCUGACGCGGACGCGCCGAGGGUGUACCAGGCCUGGAAGGGAAGCAACGUUUAUACUAGGAAGAGAUUUCAUCUAAGGAAUAAAGACUCGAAUGUCAAGCCCGCACAACACCCGUUUGAAAAAUCUGAGCUCUGGCUUCGAAAUUUUAGAUUUUUUUUCUUCAAGGGAGGUUUAUAUUUGGACCUGAUGCAAGAUCAGUGUUUCUCACAAUGUUCCUGAUUGUUGCUCCUGUUUCCAUCUUCUGUGCAUUUGUUGCUAGGAAACUAACAGAUGUUUUUUCUGAUUCCCUGGGUAUACCUGUAAUGGUAAUAGCUAUUGUCUUCACUUUAUAUGAUUUAACUCUUCUCCUUCUUACCUCUGGUAGAGAUCCUGGUAUAGUACCACGUAAUGCACAUCCUCCAGAACCUGAAAUUUUUGAGGACUCUAAUGAAGUUGGUGUCCAAACUCCACAGUCACGGUUACCACGAGUGAAGGAUGUGACUGUAAAUGGUAUGACUGUGAAGGUGAAAUACUGUGAUACUUGCAUGCUCUAUCGACCUCCUCGCUGCUCUCACUGCUCCAUCUGUAACAAUUGUGUGGAACGCUUUGAUCAUCAUUGCCCAUGGGUUGGACAAUGCAUUGGACUUAGGAACUAUAGAUUCUUCUACAUGUUUGUCUUCUCGACGACUUUGCUGUGUUUUUAUGUCUUUGGAUUCUCCUGGGCGUGCAUAGUAAAAAUCAGAGAAACUGAGCAUAUAACUAUUUGGAGAGCAAUGACCAAGACCCCAGCUUCCAUUGCCCUCAUAAUUUACACUUUUAUAUCAGUUUGGUUUGUUGGAGGCCUCUCCAUCUUUCAUUUAUAUCUAAUGAGCACCAAUCAGACCACUUAUGAGAACUUCAGAUACCGUUAUGAUCAAAGAGAUAAUCCAUACAAUAGAGGAAUCAUUGAGAAUUUCAAGGAAAUCUUUUGUACAAGCAUUCCUCCCUCAAAGAACAAAUUCCGUGCACGGGUACCACAAGAGCAACACGCUUCAGUUGGUGGUUUCAUGAGCCCAAACAUGGGAAAACCUGUCAAUGACAUUGAGAUGGGCCGAAAACCUGUAACCUGGGAUGAACUAAGGGCAGUCACACAAAUUGGCGAAAGGGAAGAAGGUCUAAGCAAUAGAAACAUGAUCCAUGACAAGGAUAGUGAACCUGGAGAAGCUUCCCCAGAUUCAAGCAGGGAAGUUCUUGCAGCAGGAGGCAUGGAGAUGCAACCUACGCUACACCAUAGGAGAUUAAGUUGGGGAAGGGGUGCAAGCUUGGAGACAACACCUGAUAUUCAAGCUGCAGCAUCUGCCAUGCGGGAAACAAGUAGGACAGACAGUGUCGGUGGCAGCAGCAGUAAGGCUGGAGAUUUGUGAGUUCAGUGUUUCAGUAUCUUGAUUUGUAAGGUAUCUUAUUCUUUGCGUGCUGCAUUUUCUGUUGUGCGUUAUUGUAGUCACAAUUUUAGUUUUUAUUUUCCCAGAACAUGGGUAGAAGAUUAGUAUUGGUUGGUUAGCACAUGUAUAUAUAUAUAUUUGUGUUUGUGGUUUCUGGAAAAGAUGGUUUUCAACUGAAUA